GCGCUGGACUAACUGGAGGACUUCCCGGGGUCGAGGCCACUGGACCCGCCGUUGGAACCAGGCCUGGGUGAGGGUGCUGCUAGGUCUCUCCCAGCCAGGCCAAGGACAGGGCCGCGCAGUCCAGGGAGGGGAGCUCCGAAGGGCGGCGGCAGGGGCUCUCAAGUCCUCCCCGGGUUGCGGCGACCGCCCGCGCCUCCUAAUCCCAGCCAAGGCACUACCUGUCCCCUCCUUCCGCUUCCGGGCCCGCCCGCCCCGCCAUAUUAGGUCCCGGCCCCGCCCCCCGUCCCUUCAUCCCGGAGCCGGGCCGACCCGCAGCUUAUUGGCCCAGCCCUCGCACCCAAAGUAUCCGGGCCCAGCCUCCGGCCUUCUCCCGCCCAACUUUAGGCCCCGCCUCAUCUGGACUCCACCCUCGCCCCGCCCGCCCUCUAAGCCACGCCUCCAUCCCCUACGCAGCUCCUAGGCCAAGGUGGGUCCACGGUUCCGGCGCGUAGGCCGCACCUACCCUGCAUUGCUCCGCCCCCUCGCUCCAGGCUCCGCCCAUUUCACUAAAGUCACCUCCUUAUUCCCUGUUUGUCCAGACAUCAAUCUCCCUCUAGACUUAAUAUUCCCACCCACCCGCGGCGGAGUCCUACUAGGCCCCGCCCCCUUAUGAAGCCCCCCCCCCGCCUGCCUAGGCCCCGCCCUCAAUUCGCUUCCCCUCUCCUCAAAGCCCCUCCCCAGCCUCGGAAGCCUGGUCCUCGCAGGCUCCAUCCCCGCACCCUAUCCUUGUUCCCUGUCGCCGUCGCGCCCAGGUGUUUACCUGGCACUUAGGUGACUCGUGUGCGGUGGCUGUUUCGAUAUAAGCCUCCCGCCUCUUCUCUCGGCGCGUUCCUUAAGCUCAGGAGGCACGGAGGGUCCCCAGACCAAAGGCGGUGGGCUUCCCAGCCCGAAUCCCGCCUCGCUGCUGCUGCUCUCGCCCCCCGCCCCCCGAAGGCAGCGCCGAAGUCGUCCCAGGUCGCGGCGACAUGCCGGAGCUGGUGGUGACAGCGCUGCUGGCGCCGUCGCGCGUCACUCUGAAGCUCCUGCGCGCCUUCAUGUGGAGCCUCGUGUUCUGCGCGGCGCUGCUGACCGCCGCCGUCUACGGCUGCAUCGCGCUCACGCACGUGCUGUGCCGGCCCCGGCGCGGCUGCUGCGGGCGCCCCCGGCGCACCCCACCCGCCUGCUUGAGCGACCCCACGCUGGGCGAACAUUGCUUCCUGACCCUCAAGAGCUCGGGCCUGCGCCUCCACUAUGUCUCCGCUGGACGUGGCAACGGACCCCUCAUGCUGUUUCUGCACGGCUUCCCGGAGAACUGGUUCUCCUGGCGCUACCAGCUUUGGGAGUUCCAGAGCCGCUUCCACGUGGUGGCUGUGGACCUACGGGGUUACGGCUCCUCAGAUGCACCUCGGGAUGUUGACUGUUACACCAUCGACCUGCUGAUGGUGGACAUCCAGGAUGUCAUCCUGGGCCUGGGUGCGGAUACCCCCAUCCCAGGCCUGGCCUCCCUCACCCCUGCCUUGCUUCUCCCUGGCUUCUCAUCUGCACUGGUUCCUCUCACCCCCCCAGGUUAUUCCAAGUGCAUCCUGGUGGCCCACGACUGGGGUGCGGUCCUCGCCUGGAAUUUCUCCAUCUACUACCCGUCCCUGGUGGAGCGGAUGGUUGUUGUCAGUGGGGCCCCCAUGUCUGUGUACCAAGACUACUCUACACACCACAUCAGCCAGUUCUUCCGUUCCAACUACGUGUUCCUGUUCCAGCUUCCCUGGCUGCCUGAGAAGUUACUGUCCAUGUCUGACUUCCAGAUCCUGAAGACCACCCUCACACACCGCAAGAGAGGCAUCCCACACUUAACUCCCAACGAGCUCGAGGCCUUCCUUUAUGACUUCUCCCAGCCCGGUGGCCUCACUGGGCCCCUCAACUAUUACCGAAACCUCUUCAGGAACCUUCCCCUGGAGCCCCAGGAACUGGCCACGCCCACGCUGCUGCUGUGGGGAGAGAAGGACACCUACUUGGAGCAGGGGCUGGUAGGAGCCAUCAGCAGUCGCUUUGUGCCCGGCCGGCUGGAGGCCCACAUCCUGCCAGGCGUGGGGCACUGGAUCCCACAGAGCAACCCCGAGGAAAUGCACCAGUACAUGUGGGCCUUCUUGCAAGACCUGCUAGGCUAGCAGCCCUCGCUCCCUGGCCUGUGUGCACCUGGGAGUCCACACCACGUGCACACCACGACAGACUGCCGGAUCACACACAGGCGUGGAACUCCUAGACCACACACGAGUGUGUCUGUGGAUGCCCGCAGGCACACCAGGCUGUUUGCCCACACACCAGUGUGAGUGUCUGUGCACCUGAACAAGCACUUCAGCCCUGGGGAACCGGGAACUUCUCUCCUCUGCAGAGCUGGAUACCCAGUGUCCUACCUGUCCCCUCCCUGGGGCCUUCCCCUUCCUGCCAACAUCAGCCCCCAGAGCUGCACAAACCACAGACUCUGACCUUCCUGUCCCUGGCUUUCAUCUCCAAUCUGAGUCUUCAGCUAAAAGCUGUUCUGUCCAGUAGGGUAACUGGCAACCGUAUCUGGCUGCUUCAAUUUAAAUGGAAAUUAAUUAAAAUAUGAUCGAUUAAA